GCGACCAUUUCCUGGGAUUUGCAUUUGGCCCACUGAUUUGAAAGCCUUCCGCAGAGCAGUAUUUGCUGAUUUUGAUCAUAGUCGCACUUUUCCCAUCAUAAAUAAUCAGAGGACCAACUUUAAACUGAUACAGAUAUAUCCGAAUUUGUUGAAGCUCACGAACACAAGCUUUCAGUUUCAGGGAUCUAUUUGAUUUGUUGUGUCAUUACUAACAAGACUCUGCAGAGAUAUAGACAUUCUGAAUGGCAAGAGCGUCUGGCGAAAAACAUGGGCAGAGAUACAUUGUAAUGGGUACAUGUGUGGGACUUCUUGCAGCUAUGUUGCUCACCAAUAUCUUGUGGGCAUCUUCAUAUCGAUCACUUCUCUCCAAAUGGGCAGAUCACGACUCCUCCCAUUCAGUAAUUCCACCGCCGUUGUUUGAAAAUGUCAAAGGAGCAAAAAUAUCCAAGUUGAAGGUUGAAAGCUUUAAAUAUCUGGAAGAGAAUGGGCCUGAACUGGAGUGGGAAGAGAUGGCAGAGGCUCCUGUAGCGCGUCUUGAUGGAUCGGCAAUACAACUUGGAAAUCUUUUUUAUGUUUUUGCUGGAUAUGAAACACUUAAUAAUGUACAUUCCCAUGUUGACAUCUAUAAUUUGACAGACAAUACAUGGGGAGGGAAAUUUGACAUGCCAAAGGAAAUGGCACAUUCACAUUUGGGAAUGGCAACAGAUGGACGCUAUAUAUAUGCUGUAACUGGACAAUAUGGGCCACAGUGUAGAGGUCCAAUAGCCUUGAAUUUUGUCUUGGAUACAAAAACCAAGAAAUGGUCUAGGCUGCCUCCACUUCCUGUACCAAGAUAUGCUCCAGCAACACAGCUUUGGAAAGGAAGAUUGCAUGUCAUGGGAGGUAGUAAGGAGGAUCGUCAUGAACCUGGUUUAGAGCACUGGAGCAUUGCAGUCAAGGAUGGGAAAGCUUUGGAACUGGAUUGGCGACCCGAGAUACCAAUUCCUCGUGGUGGGCCUCACAGGGCAUGCAUUGUGGUAGACAAUCGACUCUAUGUUAUUGGAGGUCAAGAGGGAGAUUUUAUGGCUAAACCAGGAUCUCCUAUUUUUAAAUGUUCUAGGAGGCAUGAGGUGGUUUAUGGCGAUGUUUAUAUGCUUGAAGAUGGAUCUGCAUGGAAGCAGUUGCCUCCAAUGCCAAAACCAGAUUCUCACAUAGAGUUUGCAUGGGUGGUUGUAAACAAUUCUAUUGUAAUUGUGGGAGGCACAACAGAGAAACAUCCAAUCACAAAACGAAUGAUAUUGGUUGGGGAAGUGUUCCAGUUUGAUUUGAAUGCCAUGAAAUGGAGAACAAUUGGUAAGAUGCCUUACCGCGUAAAAACAACUCUCGUUGCGUUUUGGGAUGGUUGGCUCUAUUUCACAUCAGGGCAACGUGAUAGAGGAGUGGAUGAUCCGACCCCAAAAAAAGUAGUUGGAAGAACUUUUAGGACACACUUAACACUACCAUCUGAGUGACCAUAUUAUCUAGAUAUAUAAUGAUUUGAAUUCUUUAUAUAAUUGAUUUUAGUUCCAUUGUUUUAGUAGAAUUGAUAAUCACUGGUUUUCCUCCUCCUUAUCUGGCAUAAAUUUGUUCUGUCAAUUGAAAUAAACUCUUCUUUUUUGUUUAGCUGGUAUUUUUCAUUUGAGGCUGAGGCUUCAUAGAUGAGCUGGGUAAUUUGCCUGGAAGGAUUAAACAGUAUUUGCGUUAGUGGUGUAUAUCAAGAGGUUUUAAUGAGAUGAGCAAUUAUGCCCAUCUUUUCUGGCCCCAUA